UUGGAGUACGUGGAUUAUUACAACGGCAAAGGUUUAUAUAAAGGAUCUAUUCGUUCUAAUGCUGGACUUGGAGAGGAAAGAUUUCUGCUAAAUAUUUUGUUACCAGAACAAAUUUGGGACUAUUUAUUGUUUCCAGAAACAUUAAUAUUUUGUUAAUUCCGCUACUGGGGCAUCUUAUCAGGCCGUUUAAAUCUUUCAACUCGAGUCAUAAGGUGACGAGGUCCAAUUCAAGAUGUCGGACUCGGACGAGUCAGACGAUUCGUAUAACAUCCAUCGUUACGGCGAUGAUGACAACGACGAAGACUUUAACAUGGCUUAUUAUCAGGAUGAUCAUUAUCAUCAGCGGAUACAUCCACGUCAAAUCGUUGUGAGGAGCAGUGGUAACUCGGGGGUGCAGAUAAAUCGACUGCGGAAUCAAGGCACCACUAUUGCUGCAAAUUCGGGCCCAAAUGACCUCCCUAAAAUCAACUUGGACAUCAACACACUACUCGCGCACGUGAUAUUCACUCCAUCAACUCUUCCACGAUCGGAAUCCAAUGCAAAGUUUUCUCCAUUUUUGGAUUUGAUUACUAUCACCGCGUCGAAGCUGUCACCCGAAUUUGCUAAACUGAUUCCCAUGUCUGUAGCCAGCUUUGAUGCGUGGAAUUCAUUCCUGUCGUCACCUUCUCAGCAACGAAAUAAAAUUCCUGAGAAAAUUGAGUCGUCUCACAGUAAUAAUGAUGCAGGCUCCCCUCAGACGAAAACUAGAAUUGCGACACAAAUUGCCUGCAUGAAACCCGGAACUUUACUCCCAUUCUACCUAGAAAAGCACAACGUGGCCAUCCUCCUACGAAAAGAUGCACAUGAGGACACCAUUUCCAUGUCUUUCUUCCAAGUCAAACCCGACCCUACUUUGGUCACUGAAAAUCAAAAUCUGAGAACGACCUAUCCCACUCACGCGGUUCGAAUUCCAUACUCCGACCUCCUCAAAUCCGACCACUUUGCCAUCAAGAUUUCCAACUUGGCUCAAAUUUACGACACAAUUCCAUCCCACCAAAUCGUUGAGUGGUUAACAAUCACCUUGCUCGGAGAAAGUGAUCCCGUCCAAAGUCAAGACGACAACUUUCUCCCGAUAAAUAAAGCUGUUCGGGAUGAAGCAUUUAGCAAGGAAACGGCCCGAUCUGGCCAUUGGACCGUACUAAAGGUGGCCAUACAUUUAAAUAUGGUACAAGAACUUGGAUUAGAAGAAGGAACAUUUAUCUACAAGAAUUUCAUGAUUCGCAUGACGCUGAAAAUAAUGCAAGAGUUUAAAAACAUGGAUACUUUUGAUGUCAAUAUUUGGGACGAAUUAAGAAAGAAACUGUGCUUCAAGGGGGUCAAAUUGCAGAAAAUGCGGUGUCCAGAGGGGCAAGAAUUUAGCAAAAUACACAAAGAAAUUUUAACAGAUGUCGGUCACACUCUUGACUGGGUGAAUAAUUUCAUGGAAAUUAACAUCCAACGGGGGACUAAAUAUAAAAGGGAGAAAGUAACUGAUGAGAAGACACCAUUCCUUGAGGGAUUGAUGGGAUACUUAAAAUCAAGGAAAAAUCAGAUUUCUAUCGCCAAAAUAAUGGAUUCUAGUACGAGACAAGAUCGUCAGAGUGGGCAUGGAGAAGGCACGCGUAGCUACUUUUCUACCAGCGAAAUGACAUCGGAAGAUGUACAUGAAUUCGAAAAUCGCGUUCAAACCAACGAACCAAAAUUUGACGGAUUAGAAGAACUUCGCGACAAAUUAAUCAAGUAUUCAAACCUAUUCCCACCCGCUUUCUCCUCAGAUGCGGUGGCGUCCUCCCGAAUGGUUUUAACAUUACUUAAGGGCCUUAAGAUUUGCGACGAGGCGGCAACCAAAGAAUUUCCACUCCUCUCACAACACAGUCCUCUCCAGGGAGAUAUAUUCCCAAUCUUGGAGAAAUUACUCGUCACGACGAAACAAGAUGAAAUACUGGCAGAAGAAAUUCGAGCAUAUUUUCAAGCAAGAAAAAUCCCUGUGACAUAUUUAACCACUCUGAUAAAUCAAGAUUAUCCAUCCCACGAAUCACCCACGGUUCGACUGGCCCGUCAAAGUGGACAAGUCCAAGAUACAAUUAAAAAAUCGGUAGAAACUAUUGGUACCAAUGUAACUCAAAAAUACGAGGAAAUUGCUGCAGCACGAAAAAAGAAAGAGGAACUUGAAAUUAAACAUAGGUAUGCGGCGUGCACAUGUGAUUUUACAGAUAUUCCCUACAAACGGCGGCGAUACAACCCUCAUCCGGACUACUCUUGUGAGAAGAAUAUUCUCUACAAGGAAAUAUCUGCGCUAAAAGUUUCAACUUAUGUUUACCCAAUGCCUGUGGACAGCUCAGAUAAUCAGAAUGCAUUAAUGUACGAAAAAUGCAUCCCACCAUCGGUCGCGGCCUUGCGGGACGUAAUGCUAUUAACAGCCAUUUAUUUAUUCCCGUCCGUAACGAAGGAACGAUUAACACGGUCCACGCCGGGAAAUUAUUCUUCGAUCAAGAAUAUCUCAAAACUAUUUGAGCUAAAGAAACAACACACAUAUCAAGAUAAUUUGUCCAUCAAAGACACUCACAGUGACUACCCGUUCUUUGUGAAGAAUGAAAGUGUCCAAUUUGUCUGGAAUUCGUCCUAUAAAUAUAACAAAAUUCCGGAAAUAAUUUUCCACAAUAAAUUGCAACCUUCAUCGUUGUACAAAGGAUUGGAACCAUUUCUCGCCAACUGGACCCCAAAUCAUAAUAAGGUUAUGGCGUUAAGCGAUUUCGACGAUUUAAAUCAAUCCGAACGUAUCGAAUUUGGACAGUUUCGUACCGGUCAUCGGCUCCAGUAUAGAAAUAUGUAUCGUGCCUUAUCCAGCGGAACGUUAUGUCUGAAUCGGGAUGUUUUGACCCUCGUUGUCCAAUCAUUAUGGCAGCUAGGACCCUGGGAUGUUAACUUUGGGCGGGAAUCGCAUUUUGAACUGAAAUCUAAUAGUCUAUUCGUCGCUCAAUUUAUAAAUUUAUUGGAAGAAAUUCAUCAAAAUACUAAGGACAAUUGGACCGCGGCAUUCACCUUGAUGAUCAUUCAAGUUAUUGCAAAGCAAAUUCUGGAAUAUAACGAAAAUUCCGAACUUCAACAGAGGAGUAACAACUUGCUACAAAUUUGCAGAAAUACAGCGCAUCGGUGGAUACAAGAAAUUAAUAAGUUUGUCGAGACAUGCCCAAAGGAACAAGCCGGCGUGCGGGAACAAUUAUUAAAUUGUGCGAUAUGUGGGGCUCUCACUUUCACUGGGAGUAAUAUGGCCCUCCAAAUGUCAAAUUCUCAAGAUGCAAUGGAUUGGUUAUGCUUCAGAGAAAUAAUUUUCAACGAGAAUAAGUCAACAGGAAGUAAAGACAAGAAUAUCCAGCAGAUUCUCCUAUCGUUAUUGAACCACGAGAAUUAUUCAAUCAAUAAAAAAUUGCAGGAAAUUAUCAAGACAGAUAUCUCCGUAUUGAACAAAUUCGCCAAAAAACAUCCCGGCCUUGAGUCACUUUCUGCUUCAAAAUGGGAAGAAAAUAAAAGUAUUUAUUCUCUUUCUAAGAACGAGUUCUAUUUAUCUCUUGACUCGAUGACGGGAGAAUUUUUAAUAAAUGGAAAACCAAGCAGCCGGCUCCCUGAAGAAAUUUUUUUAGACAAAAACUUUCAAAAAGUAUUCGGUCAAACAAACUUUCAAGUUUCGUGCAAACCUACUCCAACCCAAUUUGUCUAUUCAACUAAGGAAACUGCAAAUGGAUCUACCUUCCAAUUUCACCAACCGAAAAAUCGACACUACUUGAGUUACAAUGAAGCACCUCAACGGCUAAUCAUUACGGAAAAAAGGAACACCUCCGCGUACGAACUCAUCCCUAUAGAUAAGAUCGACCUUCCUGAAGCACUACUAGAAAAUGCUUCUGGACGUUGCAACGCAAUCCUGCCUUAUCCAUAA